AUGUAUAUUAUAUCCACAGAUAAUCUAAAUGAUUCCUAUGAAUGGAAAUUAGCUGCGAUAAAGAAUCCCCAUUUUGUGACUAUGGAUAAAUCUCAGAAUAAAAUGACAGGAGGACUUCGUUUUCGAGCCUUUAAAGCUCUUCAAGACAAACUAAAAUUUAGUUAUUCCAUAGCUAAGCCAGUAGAUGAUUACUUUGGAAGAUUAAGCAAAAAUGGAACAUGGACAGAAAUGAUUGGGAAAAUUACAAGAGACGAAGUGGACAUGGGAGUCGUUCCAAUCUUUCUUAGGUCCGAUUUGUUUUCAAUCACGGAGUUUUCUGCAUGGGUAGGAUAUCAAUCUAUUGUGUUCAUCGCGAAGAAACCUGAGAAGUUCCCUAAUUGGAGUUCCAUUGUCGCUCCAUUUUCAUAUAUGAUUUGGAUCGCUAUUUUCAUAACCUUCAUUGUGUUUGGACUAGCGUUACACAAAGUGUUAGAACGAGACUUUUCAUUACAAGAUAUAGAAGUAUUUUGGCCAAGAAGAAUAAAUUUGGAUUGCAUUAAGAGGUUUCCAUCCAGAUUUAUGAUUGGAAUAUGGUGGCUAUCUAUCGUUAUUCUAGGGUCUAGUUAUAGCGGCACUUUAAUGUCGUUCAUGACGUAUCCUGUUACUGAAAAAAUUCCAAACACUUUCGAACAGUUAGCAAAUUCUCUACUAAGAGGGGAAUAUUCUUGUGGAGUAGCCAGUAGGUCUACUUUAUGGCAAACUAUUCAAAAUUCCAAGUUAAAAUCUGCGAAGAUCAUAUCAGACUAUAUAAUACAAAACAACAACUUUAUUGAAUUAAGCAAAGGAAUUGAAAGAGUACAGAAAGAACGAUUCGCUUUAAUAUAUGCUGAUUAUGUAUUAAAAAAGAAACUUCGAAAUAAUUUAGACAACUUUGUUUUCUCGAAUGACAACCUUUUUACUUUCAUGGAAGCAUAUGUAAUGAGAAAGAGUUUUCCAUUCAGACAUCAAAUUUACGAAAUAACUAGUCGAAUAUUCGAAUCUGGAAUCAUCGAGAAAAUCGAUCAUGCUGAACAUUCUAGAACAAACAGAGAUUCAGAAUUUCGCGAAUUAUCCAUCCAAGAUAUCAUCAGCCCCUCUCUGUUACUUAUAUUAGGCUACCUUCUGUCUCUUCUCUGCAUAAUUAUUGAGAGAAUAUAUAUAAAAUUAUUCUCGUUUAAAUCAUUAUCAAAAUGUACGUCAUGUAAAUUACUGAAUCAUAUUCGUGAUAUUAUUUUUACUGGUUUAGUAACAUGCUGUGCAUUUUCUGUGGAAGAAGACAAAGAUGACUAUAAAGUGUUACAUGAAGAUCAUUUAAUAAACAAAGUGGAGAGCGUAGGAGUAAGAGGCACCGAGUAA